AUCAGCGCUACCCCUUUAGCAGAUCAGCACAGUUUGGGACGAGCCAGAAGGCCACGGCCCGCCACCUCUCCCGCCUCGGAUACAUUCUGUCUUUCACCGUCUGACAAGACGGACGGUGUUUCAGUGGCCGGGAGCAGCGAAGAAGCCAAACAAGUAAAAUGUCAAGCUGGGCUAUUACAUGCGGUCAGGCAGCCGGACGAAAAGUUGGCUCCGCCCCCGAGGGUCGGCCUCUCCUUAUGGGAGAGGCCUGUGUCAGGCUACAACGACGGCCCUCAUGGCCGGUUCGCCCAUGCAACCGGACCGGGCCCCCAAUUCUCAUGGAAAACCGUCUCAGGGGGUAAUAUACAAAGUGCUCCGGUCGGGGCCAACGACGAGGUACAGAGUCAAAUCGGGGCUGAUCGAAGGGACGGCCUAAUGCGGCCAGCCAGCACCCCCUGGAGGGGUGGUCCACUCGGCUACGGGGCUCUGGCAGAGAUUUGGCCGCCCAAAUCGCCUUGA